AUGGCAAGGAACCAAGAUGUCGCGGCCGAGGAGAGGAGGUUGGCGGCCGAGGAGAGAAGGGUGGCGGCCGAGGAGAGGAAGGUGGCUUUGGAGGAGAGGAAGGUGAGCAAUGAGGAGCGAACUAGAUUGUUGGAAUGGGAGAAGCACUUGUUCUUCUUGGACACAUCUAACCUCAAUGCGGCGCAAAAGGAGUAUGUCAAUCUUGCCCGUGAAGAAGUCUUGAUCCAAAAAAGAGCCAUGGUUCGUGCAAUGGGUGGCGGUGGCCUCGGCGCAAUGGGUGGCGGUGGCCUCGGCGCCAUGGGUGGCAUGGGUGGCUUCGGAGCUACAGUGGGCGGUGCAAUGGGAGAUGCCGUUGAAAAUCUUGCCAACACCGUCGGAGCUUCACGUGAUGCGGUGCGCGAUGAGGAGAGGGAGGAAGAUUCAUCUUUGGAGGCGGAAGAAUCGUCUUCCGAAGACGAAGACGAGGACGAGGAAUGA